GACGGAAGCUGGAUGUCGCAUCUUGAUCAACAUACUCUUGUUGAGAGUUGUAUCGGUCAUGUCUCCGGAUACCACGACGGUGAACAUAAUUCCAGAAUUCCAUAUCCCUAGCACGAUCUUCAACCAACUUGAUGGGUCUGCCAAACGUUCGUUCAGUGGGGUCAUUGACUUCCUGGUGACUAAACUCCCCGCUAAGUACACCGCAUUCCUCCUGAACAAUCCAACCACAGCACUGGCGGCUCUCGGAAACACCCAGGAACUAAUGUCGUCCAGCAUCUUCGAAGCUGAGCUCGAUAGGGUUCAGGUUGGUCUAUCUCGAGCUACAAUUGCUGCGGCUUCAUAUUGCCAAUUGCGGGGCUUAAAUGUCAUCAGGGGUGUUGUCACCAGCGGAGAACAGUGGAUUUUCUUCGUGUACAAAAGGCACCCAGAUGGUACUGGGCGAGUUCUAUCUUCUGAACAAUACACUUUAGGAGAGAAUCUUGAAGGUCUAGCCUUGGUUCUUGGCCUCUUGAGGGAUUCGAUUGAUAACACAACUAGCUCCGACCAUACAUUCUUCACUACUACGUGACAGAUAUAUGGUCGUACAUAGGGCCUGAUAUGGGUAGAAGGUGCCCGAGUACCCGCCCGGGUGGAACCCGCAGGUAGCGUGUGGGUCGGGUGCUACGGGUUUCAGAAGCCAGCUGAGGGGUGUGAUCUUGAGCAAGGUGGAAGGGAGGAAGGAAAGGUGCAAGAAUACGUCACUGGAGCUCCCAUAAUACUGUCCACGACAUUAAAACCUAUCAUUUAUAGUACUUUAUACGCGACAUGCACGAACAUGUGAGGAUUCCCGCCGCGACAAACGCUAGGAGCGGUAGUUUGGCUGAUUGGUACGGUACCAAGAUGGAGCUGAGCCAUAAAUGCCUU